GUUGCCUUUGCGGAACCUGCAGUCUGUGUUUAUACAAGGGAGGGAACUCACUUAGUAAACCUCAAACUGACGCUGAAACAUUGAAACAUGCCACAACUCUUAAUAGUCACCCUCAGCCUGUUACCAUGGAUCCCAGCCAUCCUCUGUGGGGUAACUACCGUGGAAGAGUUUGCAGUCCUGGAGGGUCGAUCCCUCACAGUCCCGUGUCAUUAUGAGCCUCAGUAUGCCGGCUACGUGAAAUACUGGUGCCAGGGGAGCACGAGGGAGUUCUGCACCAGCUUGGCCCGAACAGAUGACACCCGUUCGGCCAAUAUAGCUGAGGAUAAAGUGAGCAUUCUUGACGACAAGGUCCAGCUGGUGUUCACAGUGAUCAUGAAUGGCUUGAAGGAGGAGGACUCUGGGUGGUACAUGUGUGGUGUUGAGAUAGGUGGUGUAUGGACUGCUGAUGCUGUCGCAUUCACCAACAUCAAGGUCAUUCAUGGUAUGUCAGUGGUGAACAGCCGACUUAGUGGGGAAGAAGGGAGUUCCAUCACAGCUGAAUGCCUCUACAGUGAGAGAUACAGAGAAAGUGGGAAGAAGUGGUGUCGGAGUGGAGACUGGAGCUCCUGUCUGCUGACAGAUUCUGAAGGAAGCUACGAAGACACUUCAGUGGCCAUCAGUGAUGACAGAACUGGGGCUUUCACCGUAACCUUAAAGAAGCUGCAGAUGAGAGAUACCGGCUGGUACUGGUGUUCUGCAGGACAGCAGCAGAUAGCCGUGCAUGUGCUGGUCACACCACGGCCUACGACUACAGCAGUUUCUGUGACAUCCCCUCCUACACCAAGUCAGUCUGUUGCAAACCUGCCUCCACCCAGACCCAUCAGUAAGGAGUCCUGGAGCAGUUACCCUCACAUCUUGGAGCCUUUGCUGGUGUGCUCUUCUCUAAUGCUCCUUGUGGGCUUGGCCAUAUUGGCAAGAAAGAUGUGGAAACUGCACAAGCAGGAUCCUGUGCUAAGACAAGUCAGGGAGAUGAAAGCAAGGCACAAUAAAUAUUCAGGGGGUGACCUGCAAGAUGCUACUGUCGUUUUCAUUAACAAGGAUUCCCAGGACAUACACAUGUACUGAGUGUGUCAGUAGCCAGUAGUCAGUGCAUUGUCUCUCCCUGUUACUGAAUGUAAAUUUUGUGCUGGUUCACUGCAAGAACACAUUCUCUUUCCAGUUUCUUGUCUACAUUACACACAAUUCCACAUUUAAAGACAUUUAUGAUGUUUACUGCUCGCUACUUUCCAUAUGCAACUAGUGUAUACAUACUCCUCCUGUGUGACCAAUUUUCCACAAUAUAUUCAUGUGGUCUUCAAUUUAAUUUGGUCAAAAUCAGGGCCAUGACCACCACUAAUCACACUGAUAUCAUGUCUGCAGUAGCCUUCAUUUUUUUCUUUUACAGCCAAAAACCUGCACAUUAAUUUAGUCUGAUAUUUAGAUUCUGUAUACAUGAAAAAAGGAUUUUUGGCCGACAAAAUAAGCACAUAUAGGAUUCAUUAUUUCUACACUAGAGUUUUAUUUAUGAGGCAAAAUGAACACUUAACUUUAGGUCUGUAAUUUCCUGAUAAUUAUGUUUCAUGGAAAGAACGUAUUCAUUUUGGACUAUGGAAUAAUAGAGUGUUAAUGAUGUUAUUGUUAUUUAAGUUAAACCUGUGAUAAUACUGACUCAUAUGCUUUGGCCUGAGUUUUUUGGUCAUUUGAAGGCAGUAGAGACAAGCAAACACAACGAUGAGCUAUUAUCACCAUUUUAGUAUACAAUGAACUUGUUAGCUAAUCGCACAUCCAGCAGAUGCUGAGCAUUUAAUAGGAUUGUUGUUUGUGUCCCCCUCAUGAAUGUAAGUCCAAUAUUCUGUCAACUUUUACCUCUGUCUUGGUGUUUUGGUCUCCUCCAACAGGGAGGAGAUAUCUGGCCCUUUAGCUGCUAAAUGCUAGUUCCUAACCUUUAUGUAAUGCUGGAGGAAAAAUAAGAGCUAAGGGAAAGAGCAGAGCCUGAGAAGUAAUUGAUUUCCAAGGGAACUUCCUUGAAACUAUUCCAUUUUAAUGAAUUGUGUUGAAAAUAUUAUUGAACAGCUAAUCCAGCUGCAGUAGUCAUGGACAUUUACCACUGGGCUGUGUAAAAGACGGAUUUAGACAAGAUGGUGGAAAUUUUGUUGUCUGCUCUAAAUUUCUAUCUGUUUUUUCUGACUGUUGCAAAUAAUUAGGUCCAGUGUGAAUAAAUAAUACCUGUAAGGCAGUAAAUAGUAAGCCCGGAGGACUGACAUGAGCACAUUUUUAGUUUUUGUUGCUUCAGAUUACAAAAUAAUUAAAUGGCCAAUUAAUAUUUACACAUAGAUGCAGUCUGUUUGACAGAAAACAUCUGGUAGCAAGCUCUGAUGAUAUUGAGCCUUGUUAUGAGACAUACUUAUUUUAAGAAACAGAAUAUAUUAGAAUGAGUUCACAAAUUAACUCUGAAAGAAACAGCUCCACAUUUCAUGCUUGAACUGUCAGUUCUCAUACUGAGCCUCAUAUGAUGUGUUAGAAUUGUAAAUUGAACAGGCUAAUGAGACGACUGCAGCAUCUAUGUGACCAACUAGAUCUUGGAAUUCUUAGUAAUAGCUGUGUCUCACCUUCAUAUUCUUUUUUUUCUGGUAUACAGAAAAACAUGAUUUGUAAAAAUAAAAUUCCAGAGAUUCAGUGUUCA